AUGUCGUCUGCUCUAUACAAACAAAACACAAAUUUUACUCAUUCUACUGGUUCCUUUUUGCAAAGUGCACCUGUUGAAUUGACCACAGUUAGUGGGUACCAGGAGUUUUUGAAGAAACAGGAGAAGAAGAAAAAUGAGAUUCAGACAGUGUUAAGCGAGGAUAAAUCGCAUGGUUAUGUGCUAAAAGAUGGUGAAGUCAUUGCUAAUAUCAUAGGGGAGGCUAAAGAUUACCUCUUAGAUUUGGCCGGUCAGGUUUGA